GUUAUCGUCAAAUAAGGGUUUGUUGAGCAGCCUGAGAGCGUCAAGCAGUGGGCAGAAUAGACAAUCUGGCCCUGCUCUUCUGGACACAGGGUUUGUACAGAGAGAACACAAGGGCAGACUUGGCAGUUUCCGUCACAGUGACACAUACUAUGUGGCGGGGGGCACGGAGGAGGUGUCGGGGGAGACGGCGGACCGGCGCCCACCCCCGGGGGUGCCCUGCGGGAGCCAUGGACUGGGGAACAGAUAACUGCGUGGGCUGAGGUCAGCACCGUGAGAGGGUGGACACAGAAUGCUCUGGGAAUGCAGGACGGAUGACAGUGGGUCGAGAGAGGCGACAUCUCGUCUGUUUUGCAGUAGACACUGGCCUGCCGAUUGCAAGGGGAGGGGUUUAGUUGAAAGGAGUGUGUUGCCGCUCAGAAACCAGAGGUUCAGCGUGGCUGGAGGAAGCCAGUCCGUCGGAGCUGUCACGGGCUCAUAGGCAAGACGUCCCCCUGGGGGCCCCCAGUGCUUCCCCUGUGACGGGCUACCCUGUCAGCGAUUUUUCCUCUGAGUCUAGACUUGGCCUCCAAAUGUUUCUCAACAGCGUGUUUAUGUGGAGUUGUCCCACAGAACCUCUUCCUCAUUCCUCGUGUAGGGAAUAGGCCAUUUAAAGCCGGGUUUUCACCAAGGGAGUGAUGGGAUCCUAUACACGCUCGGGGGCAGUCGCAGUUGCGGCGGUGGUGGCAGGGGCAGCUGGAGGACGGGAGACCGCUGGUAGAAGGAACAGGUUUGGGGUGCGAGCAAAUGCGAACAGUGAGGGAGAGGGGAGCCGGCCAGUUCACAGUAAACAGAAGAGUCAGCCUGGUGCACGACGCUAUCCCCUGGAGGGGGAGCCAGGGAUGAACCCCCAGAGGGCGUGCAUCUGGGGCCCCGAGAACUGUCGCUUUCUGUCCUAGCUGUACCAGUCCCACAGUGAAGCAGGGUGAGGCAGCGCGCACCCUCUGCCCUAGGAGUGGCACCGGAAGGAAAGCUGGAGAGGCAGCCCUCCCUUCCUUUGACCAGACUGCCCUGUUCAAGCUGGAGACGCGUUGCUACCCCCAGCCCAGGAGGCAGGAUGGUCCCUGGCCUCUGGGUGGGACAAGACUUAAGAGGCCACCCAUGUCCGACACAGAUGAACUGUCAUGUCUGCCUUGCCCUGCUCCCAGACCCCCCCUAGAAUCAAGUUGGAGCUGUAAUGAGUCCACUCCCAGCUGCUAGGCUCCCCCAGCCCCAACACCACACCCAGACACUACCCCGUGGAGACUGUUGAGCAGCAGCAGUCAUUCAGAAAAACAGCCGCUCCCUGCCCAGCUGCCCACCGGCUGUCCACGCCUCUCCCAGGGUCAUGCAGCUGGGGGCCAGCCCCUCACUCCUGACCAGAGAGCCAGCUGAGCCCCAGGCCGUCUCUCCCCCCCUCCCCCCCUUAGGAGCAGUGGCAGCACCCAGAGAGGAGCCCAAGGGGUAGACCAGCUGUUCCUCGAGUUCUGGGAUGAAGUGACCACUAGAGCUCUGACACUGAGCGAGACUCCACAGGGGCCGGAGCUUCUGCAGCUCACCCCCCAGUGCCCCAACUUCCCUAGAACUUGAAUAGGUGUCUGGGGGCAAGAUCCAGGUUUCCCCACUUCCUCCAUGGGGACUCGGGCUGUUAAGUGUCUGGGCAAGGACUUGUGCCAAAGAGAAGGGGGUCUUACCUUGGCCUUGUCCAUUAGCUGAGCUCCUGCUGUCUGCCCCCAGCACAAGCCAAGCUCCCUCCUGAGAGCUGAGAGCCAGGGCAGCUGGGGCAAAGGGAAGCCAAACUUGAGGAGCUCAUUCUGAAAGCCAGGGACUUGCUCUUGGGAAUAAAGUACAGAUUGAGCGCAGAUGUCUGAGAAGCCGGAGUGGUGGGGCUUUUUCAGGGAGGAUUCCGGAGAGAGGAGAAAGGAGGAAGGUGUGUCCUGGUGUGAAGUUGCUGGCAGUGUGCAGCAUGCUCCCUCUCCCCCCUGCCCCCCAGGAGUUGUGGGGGAUCCAUAAACCGGCUGGAAUUCCGGAUGGAGUCCUGGCACCAACCCUUGUCUGAUUAGGUUUUCCACCAAGAGACUCCUGGCCGCCAGAGGGCAUUACUGCCCCGUGUUGGGACAUCCUGGGCUCCCCAUCACCUCCCUGGAGGAACUGAGGAGGUCAUGUAGAAGAAGCAGGCGCCAGUCUCUGGGCUGCCAGCGGCUAAAUUAAACAGCCUCUGGAGUCAGGAGACGUGGGAUGUGGGGGCUGUAGUGCCUGUCCUGCUACCGUCUUUCCCUUCCUGGCUUCGUGUGCCCCCUCCGUUAAAAGAGGGCCUCACUGCAUCCUUCCAGACCAUAAGACCCAUUCCACCUCUGAAGUUCCAGGAUACUGGGAGACCAUGCACUGAAGCUGACAGAAACUGCCUGGCCUGGCCCAGCCUUCCUCUGGGGUUCUCCAGGGCUCCCCACCUGGCAGGAGGGGACUUGUGUGCCCUCCCCUGGUGGAGGCGGGAAGGCAGCCGGACCUGCAAAGCUGGGGGAAGUCUCCGCCUCCACUUCAGCCUGAAGGAGGAGUAUCGCAACAGGGCCAUUUUACACACUGGUGCUGUAGACCCAUGGCAUCCUCUUCUCCGGGUUUCAGGCAGGGAGGUGUCAGUUAGGUAGCCCUUUGGGGCAGGUAGGCUGAUGGCCCUUCCCAGAAGAGGUACAAGAUGCUCUUUUGUGGGUUCUCUCGGCCAUAAGCACAGGAGUACAGAGAACGGAACCGUUGCCUCUCCUGCCUUUGCUCGCCUCCCCACCCCUACCCCACCCCCAGCACAGAUGCCGUCUGUCGGGAGCCGGCAGCAGACGGUCCAGGGGUCCAUCUGUGCUAAUGCUUCACAAUAGUCCCAUGUUUCCCCACCGACACCCCCUCAGCCCCUCAGCUGAUGGCCACUUGGUGAUGCCAAGGGGAGAAGUGGGAGGAGGGAGGGGAAGGCACUAAGGGACUCAGCUCUUCGCGCCUGGCAGUCCCUAGUCCACCCCUGCCCCUCAUCCAACACGCAUCUUGCCAUCUGGACUUGUGCAAUCACUGAGGGAUGGAGAAGCACCCCCUCCACCCACACCUCCUGCAGGGCGGGUGCCUGGGGGCGGGGGAGACAGACACAGAAAGUCAAGGAGACAAGGAAGCAAGGAGACGGAGACAGACCCGUGAACGACAGAGGAGACAGCCUUUCCCGGCUGCCCCAAGUGGACGUGGCCACCUGCCCUCUGUACUCCUCACGCCCGGCGUGUAACGCAGCACUUGUGCAGGCACCACUCCUAGCAGACCGCGAGCCUCUGUGACCCCUGAGCCUACCCAGGACCCGGCAUGGAGCGGGGUGAGUGCAGAGAGAAUGAAGAACAGCUGAAGAAGACGGUGUUGCAGUGUGAGAUUGCAGGCUCUGGAAUCAGGCCGCCCGGGUUUGGAUCUCAGCUCUGCCACCACCACUGACGACAGAGACUUCAGCUGGGCCAUCCCCGCCUCUCCCAGGGGGGUGGCCCCUAAGACAGUGUCAGAAAGUAGCUGAGCACACUGCCAACCCUCGGCACCUGCUCUGCUCACGCACAUCCCCUUCCCGGUGAGUCAGCUGCACAGUAAGGACCUGUCUGCUGGGAGCUCUGACAGGGAGAAGCCGAGGAGAGGUUUGCUCAGGAGGGGACAUUCCUUCCCCCACCAGGGGACAGGCCGGAAUUAAGCCCACCGUCUUCUGGGUUUCCACCCCUUCUCUCUCCCCUCGACUCAGGCAGAGGAGGCAGCCUCUCUCACUUACGUGGGGGCAGCUGCGUGGAAGGGAAAGCCCGGCCCUUUCACUCCUCCCUUCAGGGGCUUCUCUUCCCCAGGUACGGCGCCCCUCCCUCUGCACGGCCACGCUGCCUCUCGUCUUGCCUGAAGUCUCCUGCAGCCCAGAGGAUCUCAUAGCAUCUUCCCCUGGGUUUCCAAACCUCCUCACGAUGGUCCCUCACUGUCCAUCCACCACCAGAUGUUCCACGAGUCUCCAAAGCUAUCCAUCCCCAAAUUUUCAAGUCGCAUACACAAGCCCCUUCACAGACCACCUCCAGCCUGCCCGCCCCCAGGUAUCACUGGCCCCGCCCCGGGGUGCCCCUCCUCCGUGGCUAGAUUUCCCCCCAUUGAGACCUUCCCCAGCCUGGGCAGGCGUGGGGCUCCCAGCAGCGCCCCCCCCCCAGAGGCGGGGCCUGACGCCCUAGGGGCGAGGCCAGCGGAGGCCGCUCCCCGUCCGCACCCCCGGCCGCCCAGCGGAUCCUAUAAAGGGAGGCGACAAGCCACCCGCCUGGCUGGCAUCCCCGAGCUGCUGCCAGCCCCGCCGCUCGGGGCACCGGAGCCAUGACCCUCCGCCGACUCAGGAAGCUGCAACCGAAGGAGGAGGCGUCAGCCGCCGCCCGGGCUCCCGACUCCGAAGUCGCUCCGGCCCGGACCUCGGCCUCCGGCCCCCCUGCGGCAGCCGCCAGCCCGGGGCCCCCCGGGGACGAGCUGUACGCGGCGCUGGAGGACUAUCACCCCGCCGAGCUGUACCGCGCGCUCGCUGUGUCCGGGGGCACCCUGCCCCGCCGAAAGGGCUCAGGAUUCCGCUGGAAGAAUCUCAACCAGAGUCCUGAACAGCAGCGGAAAGUGCUGACUUUGGAGAAGGAGGAAAACCAGACCUUCGGCUUUGAGAUCCAGACGUAUGGCCUUCACCACCAGGAGGAGCAGCGUGUGGAGAUGGUGACUUUUGUCUGCCGGGUUCAUGAGUCGAGCCCUGCCCAGCGGGCUGGGCUCACACCAGGGGACACCAUCGCCAGUGUCAACGGCCUGAAUGUGGAAGGCAUCCGGCAUCGAGAGAUCGUCGACAUCAUUAAGGCAUCUGGCAACGUUCUCAGGCUGGAAACUCUGUAUGGAACGUCAAUUCGGAAGGCGGAGCUGGAGGCUCGUCUACAGUACCUCAAGCAAACCCUCUAUGAGAAGUGGGGAGAAUACAGGUCCCUAAUGGUGCAGGAACAGCGGCUGGUCCAUGGCCUCGUGGUGAAGGACCCAAGCAUCUACGACACUCUGGAGUCCGUGCGCUCCUGCCUAUACGGAGCUGGCCUGCUCCCAGGCUCGCUGCCCUUUGGGCCCCUGCUGGCUGCACCUGGGGUCCCCCGUGGGGGCGCCCGGCAGGCUGGGGGUGACCCCGAUGACUCCGUCUACCAUACGUGCUUCUUCGAGGGCGCCGAGCCGCCUGCUCCUCCGCCACCCCCAGUCCGCUCGCCCGGCCUAGGCCCACCUGAGACCCUGACCUGCGGGCUGCGGGCAGGGCUGAGCCGUAGCGCCAGCGUGCGGUGUGCGGGCCCCGGGGGCGGCGGUGGCGGGGGCAUGCCAGGCGCGCUCUGGACUGAGGCCCGAGAGCAGGCCCUUUGUGUCCCUGGCCUGCGCAAAGCCAAGUAUCGCAGCUUCCGGCGGCGGCUGCUCAAAUUCAUCCCUGGACUCAACCGCUCCCUGGAGGAGGAAGAGAGCCAGCUGUAAGGGAAGGGCGGGAGGGGAGGUAUUUAUUUAUUUAUUUGUUCCAGCCAGUGCAAAAAGAGAGGGGGGUUGGGGGCUCAGGCUGGCUCCGGGCCCAGGAGAGGGACCCCAGGAGCCCAGAGCAGUGGGAGAGGGUCCUUGGCAGCCCAGCUGGCCUGCUAGGUUCCUGGCUUGUCUCUGCCCAGCAGUAAACCCAGGCCACAGACCCCUUUAAUCCUCCUCCUGAAACCAUGGGAGGAGUUGGCACAGGGGAGAACCCGGCAAGCUUGGGGUUGGGAGAGGUUCGGGGACCAAAGAUGGGGUGUGCGGUCCUACAUCUGAGCAUUGGUGCCUUGUGGCCUGUGCAGGAAAACUCCUUCAAGGGGUUGGUGACCCUGCCCCGUGAAGCCCUCUCCUCAGCUUUACUCGCUCCCCUUGGCCUUGGGGAGAAAGGGCCUAUUGCGGGUAGUUCCCCCACCUUCCAUACACACACCCAAACAGGUCCAUUUAACCGGUGGGCCCCCCAGGGGGCCUGCGGUGCUGGUCUCCCUCACUCCUGGUCUUGAUCCCUAAGGUCUUGGCCCCUCCCAGGGGCCUGUACGUUGGGUCCCGCUGGGCAGAGGUCCUGGGUUCUCUACCCUUUGGGGGACAGAAACAGGCGUGUCGGGGUGGGGUGGUGGCAGCACAGGCCAUUCCAUUUCGCACAUUGUUGCUUCUGAACCACAAACUGUAUAAAAUUGAUGUU